AUGGGUGAAUUUUCAAUGAUCCCCGAAUCAACUGAAUACAAAGAAUUUAGAUAUAGAUGGGUCAUCCUAUUAGUCUAUUGCUUUGAAAAUGCUAUGAAUUCAAUGCUUUGAAUAACCUUUUCUCCAAUCACAACUGAAACUCAUAAAGUAAUUCUUACUAAUAGACUUAUGGAGUUGAUGAGUUUUGAGUUGAGAUGUGUGCUUUAUUAUCUAUGUUUAUAUAUCCGAUUUUAG